UCACAACAAGAGACAUCUCAUCCUUAGCUAUUUGCCAUUUCAAUCUCUUUCCCUUUUUCUCCCUUCUCUUCUCCUUCUCCACCAACUUCAUCAACCACACCUCUCUCUCUCUCUCUCUCUCUCUCUCUCUCUCUUUCGCUCCAUUUCUGAAGUUUUAAAAAGAGAUGGAGAUUGGCUAUGGUAUCAUCUACACCAUCCUUGUCCUCAUCUUUGCAACAUACUUCUUCAAGAGAAAGCACAAGGAAGAGGGUCAAUUCAAUGGAAAACUAAGGCUACCUCCGGGCUCCAUGGGAUUUCCCUACGUGGGUGAAACACUCCAACUCUACUCACAAGACCCCAACGUAUUCUUCACCAACAAACAAAAGAGGUAUGGAGAGAUAUUCAAGACUCAUGUUUUAGGCUGUCCUUGUGUGAUGUUGGCCAGUCCGGAGGCUGCAAGAUUUGUGCUUGUGACACAGUCUAACUUGUUCAAGCCUACUUAUCCUCGUAGUAAAGAACGAAUGAUCGGCCCCUCGGCGUUGUUCUUCAACCAAGGUGAGUACCAUAUGGGCAUUCGGAAGCUUGUUCAAUCAUGUCUAGCUCCCGAGGCUCUUCGUGCCAUCGUCCCGGAGAUCGAACGCAUCGUCGUCUCUAUGUUGGAGUCUUUAGGUCAUGGCCAAGUUAUCAACACCUUCCAUACUAUGAAGAAGCUGUCUUUUGACGUGGGAAUUCUCACUAUUUUUGGUGGAAAAUUGGAGGCAAGAUACAAAGUAGAGCUCAAGAAGAACUAUUUCAUUGUUGACAAGGGUUACAAUUCAUUCCCCACAAACAUCCCUGGCACCCAUUAUAAUAAAGCAAUCAAAGCAAGGAAAAGGCUAAGUGAAUUACUAAGUGAGAUCAUGAAUAAGAGGAGAAAAAAUGGGAAGGUGGAGAAGGACCUGUUAGGCUACCUAAUGGAAUCGAAAGAUAACGGGAAAGGAUCGAAGCUCAGCGAUGAACAAAUCUCCGACAAUAUCAUCGGUGUGCUCUUCGCCGCACAAGACACGACGGCGAGUGUGCUCACUUGGAUCCUCAAAUAUCUCGGCGAAGACUCGAAGCUCCUCGAAGCAGUGAAGGUUGAGCAAAUGGACAUUUACGCAACCAAUGAAUGUGGAAGCCAACCCUUGACAUGGGCCCAAACAAGAGCCAUGACACUCACAAACAAAGUGGUCUUGGAGACCUUAAGGAUGGCAAGCAUUAUCUCAUUCACAUUUAGAGAAGCGGUGGCUGAUGUAGAGUAUAAGGGCUUCUUAAUUCCAAAAGGAUGGAAAGUGAUGCCUUUGUUUAGGAACAUACAUUACAAUCCGGACUUUUUUGCUGAGCCGCACAAGUUUGAGCCUUCUAGAUUCUCGAGUGCACCGAAACCGAAUACAUUUUUACCAUUUGGAAGUGGAGUUCAUGCUUGUCCCGGAAACGAGUUAGCAAAGCUUGAAAUUCUCAUCUUGCUUCAUCACUUGGUAACCAAAUACAGGUUUGAAAUAGUGGGGCCCAAUAACGAGAUAGAGUACAGUCCGUUUCCCAUUCCCAAAGAAGGACUUCCUAUGCACGUGUGGCGCAAUGAACUCAACCAUGGUGCUUGAGAGGUCCAGAGCACGCUCGACCAAGCCCACACAUUGAACCUAUUCGAAGUCAAGCAACCAUUUUGGUCGUUAUAGUUCUCCAAUUUGAUCACCAAAGCUCUGUACUCUCAUUUUAACUAUUUAAUAAUAAAUA